AUGGAGCAGCGAUCAGUGGGAUUCCGAACGGUGCAGGUCUGGAAACUCUUCUCACGCUUCGUCAAAAGCAACGUCAGGAGUCCCAUUGCUUUUGCUGGACGCGCUGUUUUGACGGCUUUGUUGGUCUCCUUCGUUUGCGUAGCCUACAUCGGUGCCCGGAACCGGGACCAGGAGAACGUGCUGAACUACCUGUGGGCCAUCAUGUGGGUCCAACAACUUCCGGCGUUCCUGUGCAUCGGUGCUGUACCCACCUUUGCACGGGAACACGCAUGUUUUCGCAAGGAGGUGCCCUUGAUCUGGGGAGGCAUACAGCAGGAAGCCACAGGGAAAUGGGGCCUGAGGGAUCGAAUUCUGAUCGAUAUGUUUGAACUCUUUUCUGGGUAG